AAAUUAAAAACAAUCACACUUUCCUGUUAGUGCAGAAACAGUCAUGGCGGAGUACAAUCUUGAAGGUGAUUUCGCUUGUUUUAGCGACCAUCAACUAGAAUUUAUUAAAAAAGUGAUAUCAGAACAAGAUAUUCAACCUAAAAAAGUGGUAUCUGAAGUUGUUGGACAACCUGGUGAUAAUUUUGUGGGGUUUGUGAAAAGGCUGACUAUAGAAGGAGAAAAUGGUAGCAUGAAGAUGAUUGUUAAAGUUGCUGCUUCAUCUGAACUGGCUCGAGCAGCUACAAGUGCCGACAUCACGUUUCGCAAUGAACACAUCAUGUAUACAGAGAUUUUGCCUAAACUAGUGCAGCUGCAGAAAGCGGCCGGGGUUCCAGAAGAGGACUUACUAAAACACGCAAAGUGCUACGGCUCUCUCUACGAACCUCCAAAUGAAACUUUAAUCUUGGAAGACUUGAAUGAAUCAGGUUACAAAAUGUUGAACAAGCAUGAGUCUUUGACAAAUGAGUGUGUCAGAGAAGUCAUGAAGAACUUUGCACUGUUGCAUUCGCUUUCACAUGUACUGAAGAAUAAGCAUCCAGAUAAAUACACACAGAUAACAGACAAUAUGAAUGAAGUCUGGACUAGAAUUUUCAACAAAGAAAGAUUUUCAAAUCAAUCGAAGUUUAUUGAGGCUGACGUAAUAUCAGUCCUAGAUGAUGAUUCGCAUAUAGCUUUAAUUAAGGAUAAGGUUGGUGAUUUCAUCCAUUUACUGCCUAAGUUGGUGAAUAAUGAGGAUAAGAGAUAUUCAGUGAUUCAACAAGGUGACGCCCAUACAAACAAUUUCAUGUUUAGAAUGGCCGAAGACUCAAUAGACACAAUAAUGAUUGAUUACCAAGGGUCAAAUAACGGGAACCCAGUAUUCGAUCUCCUCUUCAUGUUGCUAAACACUACCGACCAUGCAACAAGAACCAAGCACUACCUCGAAUGGAUGGACUAUUACCAUUCAGAGUUCGAGAAGUCACUAUCAAACUUCGGCUUAAAGAUUAACUUAAUCUAUCCGAGAGAAAAGAUGGAUGCAGACAUCAAGAGAUACGCUAAAAUGAUGUUCUAUUUCUGCGUAACUUUUAAUACUCUGCUGAUGAGAGAACCUCAAGAGGCUGCAGAAAUGAUGGAGGUGAUGAAAAAUGUUAGUAUAGAGCAAAUGGCUGACUUUUUGAAGUCCCAUAAGAUGUUGCCUCAAACUAGCAAGCGUAUUAGAAACAGAGUGAUUGGCAUUAUUGAUACUUAUAAACAAUUUGACAAUACAGAAGCAAUCAUGGCUCAAUACAACUUUGAAGGAGAUUUUACAAGUUUAAGCGAACGUCAACUUGAAUUCAUCAACAAAGUGAUUUUAGAUCAAGAUUUGAAACCCACAAAAGUGAUUUUCAAUCCAGUGGGUCAGGCUGGUGAUAAUUUUAUAGGGAACGUAAAGAGGAUCAAUAUAGUAAGUGAAAAUGAGACUAUUAACAUGAUUGUUAAAGUUGCUGCUUCAAGUGAAAUAGCUCGAGCAGUAACUGGUGCUGAGAUCACGUUUCGUAAUGAACACAUCAUGUACACUGAGGUAUUGCCUAAGCUAGUACAAAUGCAGAAGGCAGCAGGAGUUCCAGAAGAAGAUCAACUAAGAUAUGCCAAAUGCUACGGCUCACUCUACGAACCUCCUCAUGAAACUUUAAUCCUCGAAGACUUGAAAGACUCAGAUUUCAUCAUGUUGAACAAGCUUGAGCCUUUGCCCUACGAUUGUGUCAAAAGCGUUUUGAAAAACUUUGCUCUCUUGCAUUCUCUUUCACAAGUGAUGAAAAAUCUGUACCCAGCAAAGUAUCAAGAGGUUACAGAGAAAUUGACUGAAGUACUGACAGUUUUGUUUGGCAAAGAAAAGUUUCACUUUCAAGCGAAAAUAGCCGAAGCCGAUGUAACAUCUGUGCUUGACGAUGAUUGGUAUAAAGGUUUUAUUGAAAAUAAACUAAUAGAAUUUUCUGAUUUGAUGCCCAGGAUGUUGAGACAAGAGGGUAACAAAUAUUCGGUCAUCCGACAGGGUGAUGCAUGGACCAACAAUUUCAUGUUCAGAGUGGGCGAGGACUCAGUGCAAACAGUUUUGAUUGACUAUCAAGGGUCAAAAAACAGCAAUCCCGCCAUCGAUCUCCUGGUCAUGUUGCUGAACUGUACUGACCACGAAGCGAGGUCCAAGCACUUUCAAGAAUGGAUGGAUUACUACCAUUCUGAAUUCGACAAGUCACUAUCCAACUUUGGCCUUAAAGCAACCUUGAUAUACCCCAGAGACCAACUGGACGCUGACUUGAAAAGAUACGCUAAAGUCAUGUUUUGCUUUUGUGUGGUUUUCAAUACAUUUUUAAUGAGAAGCCCUAAAGAAGCUGGUGAAAUUAUGGAAAUAAUGAAGAAUACUGCACCAGAGAAAGUGAUUGAAGCGAUAAAGUCGAAACAAAUGCAUAGUGAAACUCGUGCUCGUAUUAAAAAGCGAGUGAUUGGUAUUAUUGAUACUUAUAAGGCAUUGGGAUUUUUCUAAAGCCCGUCACAUUCUUUUUUUCAUGUGGUGUUUGCAUAUCUUGAUAAACUCAGAAAGUUUUUGGGUGCAAGUUUUUCAGCCCGGCUGUUAAGAACAGUAUGUAGGUAGUCUUUCGUUUCAAGAAUUACCAUACUCUAGUAUUAGGUUUAAUAUUGGCAAUGUUACUUUCUCUCACUACUCUCUUCUGCCACGAGCUCCUUUUCUUCCCGGUCUUCCAGCGUAACAGUUAUCAAUAGUAGUAUGUUUUCUAAAGCAAACUUAUCGUUAAUUUUUAGAUUUUGUGGCAAAUUUUAUACAUUUCGUGAUCAUCUAUCAAUCAUAUCUAAUCACCACCUUUUUUAUCUGCUUUGUUUAUUACUAACGAAACUUAUUGUUAAGUGCUAAUCAAUCAAUCAAAAAUAAUUGGUAAAUUUUGCUUUGCAAGCUAAAUUGCAAGCAAAGCAGAUCGAUGCGGUAGUUUCGGAGCUCUGCCAAAAAAUGGCCCUUCACAACAUUUUGGUAUUUUUAUAACCUUUUUAAUGUUGCCUUAAAUAAAAAUUAAAAUAUU